AUGCGGGCGAAUGAUUCAUCCAAUACACAGAGCCUGCACUACAUAGUACGCUCGGGCAUCGCUGGUGGUAUUGCUGGUUGUGUUGCAAAGACAGUUGUUGCGCCGCUCGAUAGAGUCAAAAUUCUCUUUCAGGCGUCCAGCCCGGACUUUCAGAAAUAUGCCGGAUCUUGGAGUGGUGCCAUACGUGCGAUAGGACAGAUUUACACGGAGAAUGGUGCUCGCGGGUUAUUGCAAGGCCACUCGGCGACCCUACUUCGUAUAUUUCCUUACGCCGCCAUAAAAUAUAUGGCUUAUGAUCAAGUAGAACUUAUUCUUAUGCCAACGAGGGAGUCACAGACCAACCUACGCCGUUUCUCAGCUGGAGCCAUUUCAGGAAUGAUAUCUGUGGUCUUCACCUACCCUCUAGAAUUAAUCCGCGUUCGUAUGGCAUUCAGUACGCGUUCAUCUGUUCCGCCACAGGGAGUGCCCUAUCGACCCUCGUUUGUGCUCGCGAUGUCUGAGAUAUAUCGCGAAGGGUCCAGCAUCCCAAAAGCCUCCCCGAGCGUCAUUCCCGAGACUACAGCGAGCCUGUUCUCUCGCUUUCCCAUCCUAAAAUUCUAUCGCGGUUUCACUGUCACCAUGAUCGGUAUGAUUCCCUACGCGGGAACAUCCUUCCUCGCGUGGGGUUUUCUGCGCUCGCACUUUAUCCCUCCUCCCCCACCAUCGUCAGACUCCAGAGCGCGGUCAAAAUCCAAUCCUGUUACCAACCUCAUCAUUGGGGCCGCAUCUGGAGCGGUAGCGCAGACAGUUUCUUAUCCCUUUGAGAUCAUCCGGCGGCGCAUGCAAGUGGGUGGGCUUACACGUCCUGAUCGAUGGCUGCACUGGGGCGAGACUGUGCGCGCCAUAUGGAACUCUCGGGGUUGGCGCGGGUUCUACGUCGGGCUAGGGAUCGGUUAUUUAAAGAUCGUCCCGAUGACGGGUGUCAGCUUUGCGGUAUGGCAGUGGAGCAAGGGUAUACUGGGUGUGUGA